UUUUCCGAAGUUUUUUUUUCUCUUCUCUCGCCCUCCUUUUUUUUUUUUUUUUUUUUUAAAACAAACAUUACAGAGAGAGCGAGAGAGUGUGGGUAAAGUAUAAAACCUUCGCUGGACUGUUUGGAUGCAGAAUGAAAGACUGAUAAACCGAAAGAGGAAGCGAGGAAGAAAAGGGGAAAGGAAAACAAACACCCAGUGAGCUUGUAACAGAUGACGGCAUUAAAAAUUGACAGCGUGAAACCUAGGGCCUGUUGACAGACGAGAGAAUCAGAAUUUGACAUUCCACCUCAUUCUCCCUGCAUUGCAGAAGCUUCCUUGACCAUGACGUCAGAACUGGACUCCAGUUUGACCAGCAUCGACUGGCUCCCACAGCUGGGAAUGAGCAGUCUCCGCUCGGGGAAAGAACGAGGGGAGAGAAAGCGAGAACGAGAACGAGAGCGAGGGAAAGAACAAGACACGGCCCCAUCUAUCCCAGCCUGCUCCCCUCUACCCAACUCCAAAGGGAAGCCCCCACAUAGUUAUGCCACCCUCAUUGCAAUGGCAAUAAGCUCUGCUCCGGAGAGAAAGCUGAGUCUGAACGACAUCUACACGUGGAUCAGCGACACGUUCCCGUUCUACAGCAGAGGAGGAAGAGGCUGGAAGAAUUCCAUACGACAUAAUCUCUCCCUGAAUAAAUGCUUCCGGAAAGUUCCAAGACCGCAGAGUGACCCUGGGAAGGGUUCUUACUGGACCAUGGAUGGACAACCAGACCAACAUCAGGCUAGAGGGGCUAAAAGACCUUAUCCUACCAGCGAAGAGGAGACGGAGGACCCUGAAAAAAACCCAUCUACAGAAGACAAAACCCAUAACAGUCAAGCUCUUCCACCAGACAUCAAAACGACUCUGUCUCCACCUCCCUGCAAGCGUCCUCCCGCCCCAAUAACCACGGCCCCUGCUGCCUCAAACCCUUCAGCUGAAAUGCCUCUGCGCUUCUCCUUUGCUGAUCUCAACCUGCCGGACCUCUACACUUCAUUUCAGUCCCUCUGUCGCUCCAUGAGAGACAGAGUCACUUCACAGUCGGAUGCCGCCAGCCUUCUGGGAAUCCUGAAUGACAUUGCGCCGCUCCACACGCCAACGCUUCCACCUCUGUCACCUCACCCGUGUUCCAGCACCCAUCCACCCACACACACCGUCACUAGUGUGAACACUGGUCCGAACCUCAGCCAUAACAUGAACCAAGUUAGUUUCACUUCGAAUCAAAACCCUCAGGCUAACGCUGAAAUCGACAGACUGCUCCACAACAACGUUGUUCCUGCAGACUGGUUCAGUAAUGCCGAGUCAUUGAGAGAGAGCUUCAGAAUCGCUAACAGUUUGGACUGGUCUAAUAUAGAUCUCACCAACCACCCUGACCUGGUAGAGAGCAUGCGUCAAGCAGAACUCUGUGACUGGGCGCUGGAUCCAGCUCUCUUCACUUCGCUCUGCGAUUCACUCAAUCGCUUCUUCACCCACAGGGGUAUCGGCGGCUCGGCCUCCGGCAGCCCGUCCACUAUGAACCCGUUAGCAUCGCCACUUAACAACAUGCAAUCGGCUGCUCAUCUGUCGCAUUUAACGCAGCCCUCUCCACUUAGCUUACCUUCUCCGCUCCCGCACUGUGGUGGUGGUGGUCCAUCUGUUCAGAGCCACAGGAAAACUAUGACUCCUCAGAGCCAUAGUCAGAAUUCCCAGAGGAACUUCGAAACCCAACCAGUCACAAGCCAUCAUCUGCCCUCCAACGCUGUUCAAGCACAACCGUUGACACCUCAAAAUCGACCCCCAAUGAAGCAGCUACACAGCAACAGUGAGGAGAUUCAGGACGACUUCGAUUGGGAUUCACUGAUUGUGUAAAAACUUUGCGAAAUACGCGGACUUGUAAAAACUAUUUGAAAUAAUUCAGCGAUUUAUUCGAUUUUAUUGGAGACAUCAAAUUAUUAUAAUUUUUUUUUUUCCAUAAUGUGCUGCUGGCUCAUCUGUAAUAUUUUAACCAGUCAAAAAAAAAAAUCCUAAUUCAAAACAUAGAUUUUCAAAUCUUUCGGUACAAAAUGGAACACAUAAGUCAAAAGGCCCAUUGGGACAGGACUCAGGCUGCCCCAUGUUUUCCAGGGAGGAGCAGCAGACGGGAGCGUUAAUUACCAGAGACAUGGUUUGUUUACCAAACUGAACUCAUUAAAAACACUCUCGAUCUUCCAUAAACUCUUGUUGUAGUACAUAAUUGCAAAUACUUAAGUGUAAGUACAGGCAUCGUGCCAGUGACGUACAAAAAUAUUUCUGUCUUGGAAAAGGGGGAUUGUGGAGUGGGUAACGUCUGUUCAUCAGUAGUGUGUGCACCGAGGUGACCUUGUUCCCCAUACAAAAGGCUGACAAGAAAAAAGAAAAGAAAAAGGUCUCUGAUGCCAGACUUGACUUUUGCUGUAUGUUGCUGCCUAUAUUAUGUUUUACAGCAUAAUUCAAGUAGUAGAGUCUCGCAACAAAAUGCUGUUUGUCCUUGUUAAUGAUAAAAUCAGCCUCCUAUUCCAGAUGCCUUUAGAUACCUUUAACUGGGGGUGUAUCAUUUAUUCCACUGAUAACUGUAAAAUAUUUGAAGGCCCAUGUAAGACAUGAAAUGCUGUUUGCUCUGAAUUGGGCACUUUUUAUGCUCGGUUCAUCCACCAAAUAAUAUUCAUUAAUCAAAUGCAUUGACACUAAUUAAAUAGAAAUAGAAAACCUAUGCCAAUGGUCAUAGUAUGCAGCCCCCCCCCCAACAACCAAAAUACUAUUUAGUAUUUACAGACAGAUUUAUCGGGUUUUUUUUUUGUUUGUUUGUUUUUUGCACUUAAAAAUUUCUUGUAUGUUACUGCAAUUUUGUUUCUUUUUUUUUAUGCUAAGCUAUCAGUGUAUUUCGACUGAAUACUGUGUGUGAAAACAGUUCAAUAUUUUCAACUCUCCAAUUCUUUCAGCACUUCUUUAUCAACUUUUGGGAAAUUCAACCAAAAUAAACCAGGCACCGCAAUAUUCUAUGCCUUGCACCGCAAUAAAAACAGAUUUGAAAUGUG